AUGUCGUUUGCCCACUGCAGGCGACACUGCCCAGACUUUCGCUCCCUCCCACACGAGAACGACCUCGAUGAAGAAUAUUACGCAAUGGAUGAGUCCUCCGGUACUUUUCGACCCAGUUUUCACUGGGCCUUCCUCGGAGAGAUAACCCACGACACUUCCUUAUUUAUCGGGGACCGCCCGCGUUACCUCGUCAAGGACAAAGUGGGAAACAGGCAUCCUAUCCACUUUCACCUUGAUUCUCUUGAUGAUAUGUUUUUUGAUAUGAACGAGCGCAAGGACUAUAAGGUCGGGAGGACUAUUUGUGUGUAUUAUGCGAAUCAACAUAAUUUCGUCGAUGGGACUAUUGGCUUGAGGAUUGAAUCUACAGAGAGCGUCAAGAUCAUCCGUUGCUCUCUAGAGGCGCUCAUAGAAGUCAACGUCUCCGAACUUGAUCAGGCAGUCAAUUGCGAGGCAUGCGGGAAGGAAGGCGGCGGCACACUGUCGAAGUGUUCAAGAUGCGGGGUGAAGUACUGCGACAAGGGCUGUCAGGCAAAAGACUGGAGGAGCGGGCAUAAAACGAGAUGCACUGCCGUUUGUCAGGUCAGAGAGUGGGAGAGGAAGGACUGGGCUACGUUUCGUAGCUUCUGGUGA